AUGGCUGGUCUGCAGCAGCAAACACCAUUGCAGCCAACCACCGUUCGGUUCAAUCCGGCAGUCGACCUCGCCACCCUCCAGACGAUUGGACGGCGGACAAGGGACACGGUCUCAUCCUGCGACGAUGAAAUCCACACUGUCGUGCGUGAAGUCGAGUCGCUGCUCGCCAGGCAGCGCGACGAGUGCGAUCGGUCGUACCGUCAGCUGCUGCGCGAGUACGAGGCGGCCAAUGCAGACGCGCGCGCCAAGCUGAACGCCAGCCAGGAGCAGUUUGUGCGCCUCAAGCACCAGGUCGACGCGUUCGACGCGGCCCGGAGAGAGCUCGAGACACGGCAUGCUGCCGAGUCAGCUGCGUUGAAGCGACAGCUUGACUCUGCAACGCGGGAUAGUGCGGGACGUAUCGCAGAGCUCGAAAACGCGCUGGGCGUGGCACGCGAAUCCCUCGGCUUGAAAGCGGGAGAGGCAGACCGCGAGAAGCGAAAAGCGAACGAUCUCGCGGGCCGCUUUGCCGAAACGCAGCGCGAGCUGCAUAUUGAGCGCGGUCGAACAGAGCAGCUCCAGCUCCAAUUGCGAACGAACGGCGACAUGUUGGACCAGGCACGGCAGCAAGCUGCGGCACGCCGCGAAGAAGCAGACCGGAUUGCUGCGCGUUUCGCUCAGGACACUGCUCAUUUGCAGCUCGAACUCGGUAGACUUCGCGACGAGUGUGGCGCGGCGCGUACCGAAAUCGAUCGCUCUCGUGCGCAGAUUGAGGGGCUCCAGACCGCUCUCGCCGCCCGCACCGAAUCUGAGGCUGCAAUGCGAGAAGAGUCGAAUCGCGUCCGUGUCGCUGCAGAUGCGCUCGCUGCAGACAUGGCACGCAUCCAGCAAACACUCAAACAAAAGGAGGAAGUGAUUGCAACCGUUCAGGCGACUGAGCGGCGAAAUGCGACGUUGGAAUUGAGCACGCUCAAAGAAGAAAUCCGCGGCAAGGAUUCUCAGAUUGCCUUUUUGCGCGAAAACGUCCAGACCUACACCCAAAAGCUGUCACAGUAUGUAUCGAGUGACUCGGAACUCACGGCACAGUGCCUUGCGUCCCGACACUCGAUUGAAGAGCUGAAGGGACAGGUCGCAGCGCUGAGUGCAGAGCUGCACCAGACUCGUGGCGCGCAAGAGCACGACCGUCUCAGACUCCUGCAGCAAGCCGAGGCCGAAAAGGCGGCGUUACGCGAAAACCUAAACCGAACUCUGGCAGACAAUCAAACCCUUCGCAAGCAGCUCGAGCAACAGCAGCAACAGCAGCAACAGCAACAACAGCAACAACAAACCCUCUUUGCCAAUCAAACCCGCCCGUUUGGCCCUUCAUCUACUGCACACUCUGGUCUGGGUCUUGGACUGUCUUUGGCAGGUGGUGCUGCCGCUGCUUCUGCCGCCCCGAGUCAGCCACAGCAAGCUGGAUUUCUUGCCCCAUCCGUGGCCGCGAGUGGAAAUCAGGCCUGGGCAGAUCGCGAGGCGCAGCUCUUGCAGGAGAUUCGCAAUGUUCGACAACAACUCGCGGAUGCGGACGAACGCGUUCGGCGAGCAACGGAAGAGGCGGUGCAGCAGACCAGUGCACGCUUUGAAUCAAUCAAGCAACAUGCCGAAGACCAUUACAAGCAACUGCUCAGCGACUCGCACAAGCAGCUGGAGGCUGAAAAGCGAGACCUUGAGCACAAGCUUGGCAAGCUCUUGUAUGAAAAUGACAUUUUGCGAGCCGUCUUGGCCCACGAUGGAGCUUCGACAAAUGAUGUUAGUGUGUUCGGCGCGUCGGGUCCCUCCGCUGUCCAUAUCAAUGGGGGACACCCGCCAACGACUGCAAGUGCGAGCACAAGCGCUUUUGCUUCAAAGUCGGGGCCAUUCGGGCAAUCGCAGCAAUCGUCGCAGCCUGCACCGCAAUCUCGCCACGCCCCACUGACGGGUCAACCCAGCCAGCAACGGCAGCCUCCGCAACAACAGCAGCAACAACCUCAGCAGCAGCAGCAGCAGCAACAACCUCAGCAGCAGCAGCAGCAGCAGCAGCAGCAGCAGCAGCAGCAGCAGCAGCAGCAACGCCAGCCUCAACAGCAAGCGCAGCUUCCACCUCAACAGCAGCUUCCUCCACAACAGCGUCCACAGCAAGCGCAAUCGUCUCAGCCACAGCAAGAGACGCAGUCACAGCCGCUGCAGGCAUCUAGUCAAGCAGCAGCAGUAGCAGCAGCGGCGGCGGCACCGAAACCGAUUCAGCAGCAGCAUCAACCACCGCCGUUUGGGCACUCUGUUGUUAUUCCUGUUGCUGGCGAAGACUCUGAUGUUGACCGGACAUUUUCGUCCGAUCUUUUUGAUGUAUCUUCGUUGGGGGCUGCUCUUCCUUCGGGUGCACAGCUGUCUGCAUUUAUGGACUAUGACCGGUCGACGUAUCCCAGUCUGUUUGACGUCUCGUCUUCUUCGUCACAAUCCCCACUUGCAAACGAAACACUAGAGCUCGUCGACAAUGCGGACGAACAGUAA